AUGGCUACAGCCUUGGAACCAGAGGACCAGGAUCUUUGGGAAGAAGAGGGAAUUCUGAUGGUGAAAUUGGAAGAUGAUUUCACCUGUAGGCCAGAGUCUGUCUUACAGAGAGAUGACCCUGUGCUCGAGACCUCACACCAGAACUUCCGGCGCUUUCGCUACCAGGAAGCCGCAAGCCCUCGAGAAGCUCUCAUUCGACUGCGAGAACUUUGUCAUCAGUGGCUGAGGCCUGAAAGGCGGACAAAGGAGCAGAUCCUAGAGCUGCUUGUGCUGGAACAGUUCCUUACCGUCCUGCCUGGAGAACUGCAGAGCUGGGUGCGGGGCCAACGGCCAGAGAGUGGCGAGGAGGCGGUGACGCUGGUGGAGGGUUUGCAGAAACAACCCAGGAGACCAAGGCGGUGGGUGACUGUCCAUGUUCAUGGCCAGGAAGUCCUGUCAGAGGAGACGGUGCAUCCGGAAGCAGAGCCCGAGUCACCUAGUGAGCUGCAGAACCCUGUGCAGACCUCGACUCCCGAGGCGUCCCGUGAGGAGACCAUACAGAGCCCCAGUCUGGGGCCACCAGAAGAGCAGAGCCUGUGCCAUGAAUUGGAGUUCCAGCCCCUGCAGGAGAGCGAGGUUCCAGUGUCCCAGGACCCAGACCUUCCUGAAGAGAGGAACACUGGAAACCCAGAGAUGGUUGCCCUUCUUACUGCUCUUUCACAGGGAUUGGUAACUUUCAAGGACGUGGCUGUGUGCUUCUCCCAGGACCAGUGGAGCGAUCUGGAUCCCGCACAGAAAGAGUUCUAUGGAGAAUAUGUCUUGGAAGAAGACUGUGGAAUUGUGGUCUCUUUGUCAUUUCCAAUCCCCAGACUAGAUGAGAUCUCCCACGUUAGAGAGGAAGAGCCUUUGGUCCCAGAUAUCCCAGAGCCUCAAGAGCCUCAAGAGCCAGAAAUCCUGAGUUUUACCUACACAGGAGAUAGGAGUGAAGAUGAAGAAGAGUAUCUUGAGCAGGAAGAUCUAAGUUUGGAAGAUCUACACAGAUCUAUUUUGGGAGAUCCAGAAAUCCACCAGACUCCAGACUGGGAAAUAGUCUUUGAGGAUGAUCCAAAUAGACUUAACGAAAGAAGAUUUGGUACAAGUAUUUCUCAAGUUAAUAGUUUAUCGAAUCUUCGGGAAACCAUGCCUAUCCACCCCUUGUUAGGGAGACACCAUGACUGUCCUGUAUGUGGGAAAAGUUUCACUUGUAACUCCCACCUUGUUAGACACCUAAGAACUCAUACAGGAGAGAAACCCUAUAAAUGUAUGGAGUGUGGAAAAAGUUACACGCGGAGCUCGCAUCUUGCCAGGCACCAGAAGGUUCACAAAAUGGGCACUCCUUAUAAAUUUCCCCUAAACCGGAAGAAUUUGGAUGAGACCUCCUCUCUGGUCCAGGCUGAGAGAACUCCACCUGUUGAGAAACCCUAUAGGUGUGACGAUUGUGGAAAACACUUCCGCUGGACCUCAGACCUUGUCCGGCAUCAGAGGACACACACAGGAGAAAAACCCUUCUUCUGUACUAUUUGUGGCAAAAGCUUCAGCCAGAAGUCUGUGCUGACAACACACCAAAGAAUCCACCUCGGAGGCAAACCCUACCUGUGUGGAGAGUGUGGGGAGGACUUCAGCGACCACAGGCGGUAUCUGGCGCACCGGAAGACCCACGCAGCUGAGGAGCUGUAUCUCUGUAGCGAGUGUGGGCGGUGCUUCAACCACAGCGCUGCGUUUGCCAAGCACCUGCGAGGACACGCCUCAGUGAGGCCCUGCCGGUGCAACGAAUGUGGGAAAAGUUUCAGUCGGAGGGACCACCUUGUCAGGCAUCAAAGAACCCACACUGGCGAGAAACCGUUCACGUGCCCUACCUGUGGAAAAAGCUUCAGCAGGGGCUAUCACUUAAUCAGGCAUCAGAGGACCCACUCAGAAAAGACUUCCUAGCUAGCUUCCUGUGUGAGGAGGUCUGCAUUCAGCCCUCACCCAGGGAUGGGCAAGGAGAUGCCCUCUUGUCAGCUCGGGAAGACCUUUUCCAGGGAGUCUCCCUGACUUGCCCAGAUCUCCAUCACCUCUUCCCACAGCUAAAUUAAAAUCCCCCUGAUAGAACCUCUCAACCUUCUUCUACACCUUGAGGAGAUUUUUUUGCCCAAAGUACAACCUGGGUGGAGGCUUCUCCUUGACUGGAGUGUUCCUGCCUCUACCUCAUGGGUGUGAAGGAGGAGAUUUAGAAGACUUCCGAGGUUGUGGUUAUUAUAUUUUGCCCAAAAUAGGCUGUUGCAUAUCCUAAAGACUGCUUCACAGCCUCAAGUAUAAAGUUGCCCAGGACGGCCCUUUAGGUAUGGUAAGGGACCAGCCUCUAGGAUUCUGUCCUUACUGGGCUCAAAUCUUAAAGCACACAGCCCUGAACUCAAGGCAGGAGAUUUGCAUCCUCAUGGCUCUGCCACACACUCACAGGAUAACUACAAAUCUCUCACUGGUUCAGUUCUUCACCAUGCACUUUCCUUUGAUCCUGGGGAGAGAUGGGAGAAGUGUCUGACAGGGGAAAACCUCGAGGCUGUUUCCCAUGGACCUUGUCAGGCUGCUCCCUUACCCAUUGCCAAAAUACCAGGUGCCAGACCCUGCUAGAAAGGAGGACCUAGUCAGAAGCCUCUUUCCUUGUGGGGUGCUUUCCUGUUAGAAUACUCAUGCCCACCCUUCUUAGUGUUCCACCAGCCUCUUGGAUUUGCCCCUAGCACUUCUGCAAAAGUGAGGCGCAAGUUGGGUGCUGGGGGAGUCAGUUAAACCAUGAUAGCAUUUACAUUCCCAGACGUGUACAAGCCCACCCCUCCUGCCCUCUUCACAUGGGUUUGUGAGGGGAUUUUGGAACCAUAUCAGCUUACAUAGGUACUAUAGUAAUUACAGAGUCAUGAUUGAUUGGGUCACUUCCUUUAUAUGAAGAACACGAGAAGACCUGAGACCAAAUUAUGGAGCAAAAUUUUUAAACGCUAUUGCUGCUGGCUAAGGCCAUCAAGACUAUACUGACACCCAGCCCCUGUCAUCCCCGCCUUGGUUCUCUGAUAUCAGGGAAAAUUAGGAACCCCAGCACCUGGGACCCUGAAGAAUUUACCAGGAGUAAAUGGCUUUCAUGUAA